UUCAUGGAGUUUCUAUUGACACCAUUGGAGAUUGGAGUAAUAUUUUACCCAAAAUCUGGAAAAUGAGUAGCUCAGCAACAGCAGCAUGGAAGCAGCUUCUUCUCAAUUCCAUCAACUCCAAUUCCCAUCUAAAGCAUUCAACCUACUUUCAGCUUGCAACUGUUGGAUCCAAUGGCAAACCCUCUAAUCGAACUGUUGUCUUCAGAGGGUUUCAAGAUGCUACUGAUAAGAUUCAAAUUAAUACUGACUCACGAAGUCGAAAGAUUGAAGAUCUUAAGCAUUGCCCAUUUGCAGAGGUGUGCUGGUAUUUCACUGAAACUUGGGAACAAUUCAGAAUUCAUGGAAGAGUCGAUAUGAUUGAUGCAUCAAACUCUGAUCCAGAUAAACUUAGGCAAAGAGAGGCAGCUUGGUUUGCUGGUUCUGUGAUAUCAAGACUACAAUAUUUGGGGCCUACUCCAGGGCUUCCUUCUCUAGAUGAACAACCAUCAAAUGAUUCAUUGGAUGCUUCUACUGGUCCAGUUGAUUCGUUCUGCCUUCUAGUUCUGGACCCCGAGCAGGUUGAUUAUUUGAACUUGAAGAGUAAUGAGAGGCUAGCAUUUUCAACUGGACGAAGUGUCAAUGGUGAGAACUUCUGGACACAAAAUAAAGUCAACCCAUGAUAUUUGAUUUGUCAUCUCACAGAUUAUCCCAAUCAGACUAUUGGUAUAUGCACUGUAAUGAAUCUUUUUAAUAUCAUUAAGAUAAUUUUGAAAGGAA